AAUUGCGGUGGGAGGCGACGCCAACCAGCACAUUGUUAUAUGCCCUGGCGCUGGCGGGGUGCUGCGCUUUUGCAAACCGAGCCUGGGGGAGAGCGGGCGGCCGCCAGAGUGAGGCGAUGGAGCCUGGCCCGGGCUGCGGGGCAAGCCGAGACGCCAGGCGCUGCCCUGCGGGCAUGGACUUGCUGCCGCCGCCGCCGCCGCCGCCCUUCCCGUUGUUGUCGCCGCUGCUCCUGCCGCCGCCGCCGCCGCCGAUCUUUGCAGGGGUGUAAGUGGGAGAAGGCGAGCCGGUGCCAUGCCGGGGUCCCGUGCAGGGUCCUCGGAGCCCUCCCGGCCGCGGCGACAAGAACCGGAGGAGGAGUCGCCGCCGCAGCCGCAGGUGUCCUCCCCGGAGGGCUCCCGCGACCCGGAUCGCCGCCAGCGCUGGGCCCGGCUCUUCGAGCAACUGGACACCAACAAGGAUGGGCGCGUGGACGUCAACGAGCUGCGCGAGGGCCUGGCCCGCCUGGGCAUGGACGCCGGUUCCCACGCCGAACAGGAUAUCCUACGUGCAGGGGAUACAGACCGCGACGGGGAGCUUAAUUUUGAGGAAUUUGCCCGCUAUCUCCAGGAACGCGAACGCAAACUGCUGUUGAUGUUUCACAGCCUGGACCGCAACCACGAUGGCCAGAUCGACGUGUCCGAGAUCCAGCAAACCUUCCACGGCCUGGGAGUUUACAUCUCCCUGCAGCAGGCGGAGAAAAUCUUGCACAGUAUCGACAAGGACGGCACCAUGACCAUCGACUGGCAUGAGUGGCGGGACCACUUCAUCCUCAACCCAUUAGAGAACAUGGAGGAGGUUGUACACUACUGGAAACACUCAACGGUCCUAGACAUUGGUGAGUGCCUCACUGUCCCAGACGAGUUCUCCGAGAAAGAGAAGAAAACGGGGAUGUGGUGGAAACAACUGAUCGCUGGAGCGAUGGCUGGGGCUGUCUCAAGGACCGGAACUGCCCCCUUGGACCGGCUGAAAGUUUUCAUGCAGGUUCAUGCCUCGAAGAGCAACAACAUGAAUGUGCUAGGGGGAUUACAGGGCAUGAUACGUGAAGGAGGCCUUCGCUCACUGUGGCGGGGCAAUGGCAUCAAUGUGCUGAAGAUUGCCCCUGAGUCUGCCAUCAAGUUCAUGGCCUAUGAACAGAUCAAGCGGGUGAUUCGUGGACAACAGGAGACCCUGAGGGUGCAGGAGAGAUUUGUUGCCGGCUCACUGGCUGGUGCCACAGCACAGACCAUCAUCUAUCCUAUGGAGGUUCUGAAGACCCGGCUGACUCUCCGUAAGACGGGCCAAUACUCAGGAAUGGCCGACUGUGCAAGGAAGAUCCUUCAGAAGGAAGGGCUGCGUGCCUUUUAUAAGGGCUACCUGCCCAAUAUGCUGGGCAUCAUCCCCUACGCUGGCAUUGACCUGGCAGUUUAUGAGACCCUGAAGAACACCUGGCUGCAGAAGUACAGCAAGAACACAGCUGACCCAGGUGUUCUGGUGCUCCUGGGCUGCGGCACUGUCUCCAGCACCUGCGGGCAGAUCGCCAGCUACCCGCUAGCCCUGGUGCGGACCCGGAUGCAGGCGCAAGCAUCCAUCGAAGGUGCCCCACAACUCUCCAUGCUGGGACUCUUUAGGCACAUUAUCUCCCGGGAAGGGGUGCUGGGCCUGUACCGUGGCAUCGCCCCCAACUUCAUGAAGGUGAUUCCAGCCGUCAGCAUCAGCUAUGUCGUGUACGAGAACAUGAAGCGGGCUCUGGGGGUCACGUCCAGAUGAAGGGGAUGCCCAAGCACGUGGGACCUACCUCUCAAGAAGGCCUGCUCCUCCGGAGAGGAUGUUCGGAAGGCGCUCGUAGGUGGGGGACGUCCUGCAUCCGCUCUGGGGCCUUGGCUGCUGGGAGACGGAGGACUGAAGCGUGUGUAGGCGGAUGGGGCCCAUGCCAUCUUCCUUGUGGCAAGAGCAGGGCAUCCGCUCGGCAAGGGGCUCCAGAGGGAGCUGUCUUGUUCACUAACAGCCACAUCUCUCCUGAAGAGGGCUGUGGCUGGAAAGUGCCAUGGCCCCACUGAGGUGGACCUGUAUCCCCCGUGGCUUUGACUACAACUUCAUCGAAACAGGAUCGCUUCGAAGCCAGUACUCCUCCUCCCCUGCAGCCCGAUGCUCUCGGCUCACGUGUCGUCUUCCCUUUUUACAGUCCCAACAUCAGAACCAUGGCUUGUUCUCUUGCUCUGCACCUUUCGAGCAGCCCCCUCAGAGCCUGGAGGAGAAGCAAGCUUGAUCUGUUGCCAGAUCUCAGUGAAAAGCUAUCAGUGACCACAGCAGGAGAUGCUGGGUCACCUCCCCCAAUCUAGCAGCCAUUUCUCAACACUGUAGACAAAAGCAUUCAGGGACUGUCCAUCACACUGGAGACCGUCACAUUUUCUGUGUUGAGCACUGGGAGGUUGUGGAUGCUGGUGGACAGAUUAUUAACUCCCCCAUAGUUCUGGUUGCAAACCUGAAUCCAUUGGAUCAAUUUUCUGUUCUUCCUUAUUCUGGAUUCUGUAAGGGUACCGGAGCCCUAUGUGAUGAUUUCAGCCCAGCCCCAUUUUAUCUGCCCCAGGAUAUGGAAUGUGUCUGUAUAUUUUGCACAUGGACUACUUUUAAUUUAUAAGACUUUUUUCUGCACUUUCUACCUGGACCUCUAGGCUAAACCGAAGCCUUUUUGAUGGCCACCUCAUGUCCCCUUUCCCCCUCCCUUCCAAGGAGGUGGUGAAUGCAGCAGGACAUGGCAAGGGCUACCGUUUCUGUUGUCCUGAUCAAUAAACUUGGCCUGAGGUUCCUCGAUUUCUUGUAUGCCACACCUUUCUGCUGGCUGUGAGAUAUUUGCACUGUCCCUGCUGGCUGUGUUGCUUCAAUGGCUGCCACUCUUCAGGCCCCUUGGAGCUGUGCUUCCUGAUUUCUGCCUUGGGUCUUCAUUGCACAGAAGAGAUGGCCUUUUCUUCAUCUAUAGCUCUCCGUAGUGUGACUCAGGCUGUGCUAUCCUAGGCUGUGCUAUCACACUGCAUCAAAACUCCCAUGCCAAGAAAAAUGGUGUCUCGUUUUUGCAAAAUAAUAGGUAAGGAGCUGUUCAGGGCACAAAAGCCUAUUCCCCAGUUUAGUUGACACACUAGCUUCUGAGAUCCAGCCCACAGAUACACAGACACAGACACAGACACACACACACAGACACACACACAGACACACACAGACACA